CUGGCAGGCAGCGGAGAAUUUCAAAAAUCCCAAUCCUUACUCUCUCCGCAACUAUCACUAUGGCGGAGGAGGGAGAGGUAGAAUCCAUGGUUUCUAUCGAACCCGGUUCAGUUGCCGCGUGUGUGAGGAGGACCGGUUCGGAGGUCGAAAUGGAUGCACCCUCCAGCCCUAGCAGUAGCGGUUACGCCGGUGAAAGAGGCAGCACCAGCGCCACCAGCGGUUCACUAAUUGACCUUGAACAUGAACAAAUAGAGCAUGACGACAUGAGGAUUGAGAUCGAUUCAAUCUCAAUCUCCGAUUCCCACACUUCUUGGAUUCCAGGGAAACGACAUCUCGAUGAGGAUGAUGCUUCCAUAUCAUGGAGGAAAAGGAAGAAGCAUUUCUUCAUUCUCAGUCAUUCUGGCAAACCUAUAUAUUCUAGGUAUGGAGAUGAACACAAGCUUGCAGGGUUUUCAGCAACUUUGCAAGCAAUCAUUUCCUUUGUCGAGAACGGGGGUGACUCUGUCAAAUUGGUGAGGGCUGGAAAGCAUCAGGUGGUUUUUCUUGUGAAAGGACCAAUUUACUUAGUCUGCAUCAGCUCCACAGAGGAACCUUAUGAGUCAUUAAGGGGACAGUUGGAGCUAAUUUAUGGUCAGAUGCUUGUUAUACUAACAAAAUCAGUAAACAGAUGUUUUGAGAAGAAUCCGAAGUUCGAUAUGACACCCUUGCUUGGUGGAACGAACAUUGUCUUCUCUUCCCUAAUCCACUCUUUCAGUUGGAAUCCAGCUACAUUUCUUCAUGCCUAUACUUGUCUUCCUCUUGCAUAUGCAACAAGGCAAGCUGCAGGUGCUAUCUUGCAAGAUGUUGCUGAUUCAGGUGUUUUGUUUGCAAUACUGAUGUGCAGGCACCAGGUAAUUAGUCUUGUUGGUGCUCAGAAAGCUUCCCUUCAUCCAGAUGAUAUGCUGCUGCUGGCCAACUUUGUUAUGUCAUCAGAAUCCUUCAGGACGUCAGAAUCAUUUUCUCCAGUUUGCUUACCAAGAUAUAAUCCUUCAGCAUUUUUGUAUGCUUAUAUCCAUUAUUUUGAUGCUGACACAUACUUGAUGUUGCUAACCACUAGUUCAGAUGCAUUUUAUCAUCUUAAGGAUUGCAGGAUUCGUAUUGAAGUGGUCCUUUUGAAGUCAAACGUCCUUAGUGAAGUUCAGAGGUCCUUGCUAGAUGGGGGGAUGCAUGUCGAGGAUCUGCCACCAAUACCUCAUUCUGGAUCAUCUCAUUUGGGCCAGAACAUGCUUCCAUCAGAUUCUCCUGAAAGAUUUAGGGAACCUAAUUCUGGAAUUGGGGGUCCAGCUGGGUUGUGGCAUUUCAUAUACCGCAGUAUAUAUCUGGAUCAAUAUGUCUCUUCUGAGUUCUCGUCAUCGAUUAAUACUCCUCAGCUGCACAAAAGACUGUAUAGAGCUUACCAGAAACUUUUUGCAUCCAUGCAUGAUCAAGGAAUUGGGCCUCACAAAACUCAAUUUAGAAGAGAUGAAAACUAUGGAUCUUUUUUUUGUGGCAGUUCUUCUCUGUUGGAUGACACAGGAUUUUGAGCUUUAUGCUGCCUUUGAUCCCCUUGCAGACAAGGCCUUGGCAAUAAAGACUUGCAACCGUGUUUGUCAAUGGGUAAAAGAUGUGGAAAAUGAAAUAUUUUUGCUCGGAGCUAGCCCCUUUUCAUGGUGAUUUCCUUGCAAAUAUUGUAAACAUGUACGAUGAAUUUUUGUUUUAUAGAAUUCCUAUAGAUUUUUUUUUUUUCAAUAUUCCUUUAGUUUAUUUUAUUUUAUAUUAGAAAAAGGAACCUUGGAUGAAAGAUUUUUAUAUUAUCAUUUUGUGAAGUGUCAGGCCCAAAAGGUUUCAUUCUUUUGUCAUCAUGAGUUGGCUAUUACAUCAACUAACGAUGUUGUAUAACUGAUUUUUGCGCUUCUAA